AUGCGGAUCUGUGCCCACGCUGCAGUAACCCAGAGUGAGUUGGAAAGCAACCCAGGCAUCUCGGUCAGCAGCAGCUCCGUGGUACCGUACAUGGAUUCCGUGGCCGCCUUCUGCCACACCGACGCCGCUGAUGUCGAGUGGUAUGUGAACGCCUUACUGGUGACCAGCAAUGACCGGAUGACAAUUUCCCCAGACGGCAAGAUGCUCGUCAUCCACAGGGUCGGCCGCGAUGACAGAGUGCUUCAGUGUGCGAUUAAAAACAUCUUCGGGCUUCUUCAAAGGAGUGAACAGAUCUCUCUGACGGUGGCCUAUGGGCCGGACAGCGUGCUGCUGCGGACUGACCCCCACCACAUCAGAGGCAUCGUGUCUGCCGAGAUCGGCACCCGGGUGCGGCUGGAGUGUGUCUCCACCUCCCUCCCGGGACCCAAGUACCGCUGGGUCCACCACGGCUCCCUCUUGAGCUUUUCAGAGGCAAACAUCACGCUGCCGAGUCUGGCCUGGGAGCAGAUGGGCAGAUACAGGUGCGUCGUGGAGAACCCCGUGGCCCAGCUCUCCAUGUACAGGGACGUCGAGGUCCAGAGGCCCCGUAAGUGCAGCCGCUUCCCCUCUGGGGCUUACCCUCUCCCAGUGAGAGGCUUCUACAUCGCAGGACCCUUGGCUGUGUUCUUCGCCGUGGCGACUGUCCUGGGAGGUGUCUACCUCUGCGGAAUCCUGGUCUACGUGCCGGUCAGCCAUUUCUCCAUCAGGGGCUCGUUGCCCUGCGUCAAGGGGUCAGAUCGUUAUUGA